AUGGCGGACCUCUACUCAAUUUGCUGCACCCAGCGAAUCGUACUUUACGAGACGAAAGCGGUAAAUAUCAUAUUUAGGAUAAGAGAUAAAAACCUAAUUAUAUGUAAUAAUAACAAUUUUUUUCGUCCUUCUUGCAGAGGUUCUUCCUCGUUGGCUCGAAUAAUGCAGAAACUCGCUUUCGUGUUUUGAAAAUAGAUAGGACUGAACCGUACGAACUGGUAUUUUUCGACGAUAAGGUUUGCCUCAAAACAGUUUAUUUUAGGAAUUAUUUAAUGUAAAUAGUCCAUUUGUGAACGUCGUCACCUUAAGAGACAAAGAUCCCGUGAGUUGAAAUGAUAUGAGUGAUCAAAAUCAGAAAUCUCCUUAACCCUUUCACUACUUUGAUCUAAUUAUUAACUCUCCUUACUCUCUUCUGUUUAUUUCUUCAUGUCUAAGAUAUUUGUGUUAGAACAGUCUAUACCCCCUCCCAUUAGAUAAUAGUCCUCUUGUCCAAAACCCAAUCACACAGAGUAUGGCAGGUGCUUACACAAGUUCUUUUUUAAACCUCCAUUUUGCAUGCCAAAAUCACGAUAUCUCUUUGAGGUUUUACACAGCAAAAUCACCAGAUCUCUUUGAGUUAUGCCAUACUCUGCAGACUAUUUCAAAACAAGAACACAAGUCUCAAACGUGAUUGGUUAUCACCAGACUGAUUUGAAAGAACAGUUCACCCAUCAUGGAUUGGACAUAACUGCAAAUCACAACAAAUGCAGAUGUUCAUGGGUCAAAUUAAAAUUCAUCAAAUAUUUUGUGUUCUAAUUAAAAAAAUUUGCACUUGGUUUUUGCUCAUGAGUAUGUUUGGAUUUUUUUUUGAAAGGAAAUCAUUAUGAUAAUUGUUAUGUUGAUUUUUUGAACCUAAACACUUCCUCUGUGGAACAUGGUCUAAAAGUGUAGUGUUUGUUAUGUGGAUGACUAGAAUUUAAAAAACUGCCACUGCUAUGUAUAGCUAUGAUCAUGAUGUUGAUGGUUGAACCCAAAAAACUGCUGUUGCUCUGCAAGGUCUUCAAGUGCAAUGAUUAUCAUGUUAAGUAGUUGGAACCUAAACAUUGCUACUGUAGUGCUUAGUCUACUUAAACAAAUAGAUUGUAUGUUGCUGUGUGUCUGUUCAGAAAUAGAUGACAAAUGAGCUGAGUGCAUCUCUGAUUUUCCUUAACCUCAUUCAUUAGUCUUCUUUGAUCUAUUAUUGUACUAACCCAUGGCAACAUGGAGUCUAUUUUACAUGGUAAAAAAGCAAAAUGUCGUGGAAGGUGAUGUGAUUUCAAUAGAUCAUGAGCAAGAACCAAUCAAAAAUGCAUGUGCAAUUCAGCUUUUCAUAUAAUGUGCAGUGAUUAUGUUGUCAAGUUGGAACCUUGACACUGUCACUGCUGUACAUGGUCUACAUUUGUAGUAGUUAAAAUAUUCAAGUCCAAUUCAAAUGUCCUGUUUGAACAACAAAUGGCUGUAUGAAGUGAACAUAUAAUAAUUAAUGACAGGUUCCCUCUUAGAUCUUGAAGCUGAAUGGAUUUUGUCUUAAACUGGGUCAUGAUUUGAAGUCCUUGUGACACACACCCCAUUUUUUAUUUUUCUUGUUAGGUUGAGUACAAUCAAAGACAGAUCAAGGAUUUGUUGUCCAUGAUCAAUGCUGGCAAUUUGCCAAAUAAAAACAAACCACAUGAGAGUUCAAAUAAAGGUCUACACAGGAGUAUAUCUGCUUAUGGUAUUGUAGGUGAGUCUUAAUCUUGAAAGAUUAUUUUUCUCUCAACUCUUUCACCUCUAAAUCCCUUAGAUCUCAAUAUCAAUUCUCCUCUCUAUCUAUUAAACAUUUCUUCCGAUUUAAGUUCUGAGAAUUUGUCAUUAGAUCAAACAAACAAGAACUCCCAUUUGAUAUUUGUCUUUAGAUCAAACAAACAAGAACUCCCAUUUGAUCUCUUACCUCUGUUCUUGACCUCUCUUCUUGUAUUAGUAAGAUUGGAAGAAAUUUCUUCUUGUCUGACCCAGGGAGUGAAAGACCCAAUAUAAUAGAUGAGAAUUGUUAUACCAGGCAUGACAGAGAGAGUCCUAGAAUAAUGAAUAAGUCUUGAACAACUCUGUACUUGGUACAGACUGUCUCAGUUAAACUAAAUUAGUCUUUGUGCAGUGUUCUUGGGCAACCUACUAUAAUCUCACACUUGGAGUCUGAAAAUGUAUUUAUUGUAAGGAAAACAGAACAGAAUUGAUAUUAACUGCAGCUCCAGGAUUGUUUGGGCCACUAGGUUUGAGAGCAGACUUCACCCUAUGAACCUCCUAUUGCACUCUACAGUUCAGUAUUUCUCCUUAAACUUAUGUGAAGUGGAUAUUCUUUGCAGGAUUUGUGAGAUUUCUUGAGGGGUAUUAUAUCAUAUUGAUCACAGAGCGAAGGAAGUAAGUUUACUUGUUAACCUUUUACACCCUAACAUUAAUAUUGAUAUUCUCCAUACUCUUUUGUAUGCAUUUUCUUUGGUACUGACAAGGAGAAUUUGUUUAACAAUCAAAGUUUUCAUCAUCAUAAUGAAUGGUUGGGCAGUAUUACUGGAAAGAGAAUUUGAUGCUUGUCACUCUAAGGAAUAAAGGGCUUGACUGUCAUUUGCAAAAUGAAAGGAAAUGAAGAUCUGUAAUUUGCAAAAUGGAAAUGUGAAAUGUGAAAAGAGAAUGCCUGUUUCAGUGACUGUUUUCCUCAAGCUCAUUUUGAUGGUAUAUUUUGGAGGGCAAAUUUGCUCAAGUUCACUUGAGGUAAAGUAAGCUUGAGUUUCAAUUUCUCUGUGUCAAAAGGUCACACCAGUCUUUAUGACCAAUAUCAAGGUUAAAAACUGCAAUACUCAAUUAUUAUUCCCUUAAAAUGUUUUGGCAUACAAAUCAAAUCAUAAAAAUUCUUGAAGCUCAAGAAUAUCAAAGAGCUUGAGUCAGUUUCAUUUACCCACUAAGCAUGAUAUUUCAUUUAGAAACAUACUGUAUACACCUUUGGCAGCAAUAUCUUCUAAGUGUAUGUCUGGUCAUUUUUCAAAUUAGAGAUUUUCAUUUUAUGGCUUAUUGACGCAAUUCUUCAUAGCCAAUGCACUGAUUCAUUCACAAACUUAGAGAAGAUUUUGCAAAGUACAUUAAGAGAUUUUACAUUUUUCACCUUCUUGAGUUUGCAUAAGCAAUACACACUUAUGGUCAACUGACAAAUUUAACCUUACAGCUGGUGGGUUUUUCCACAGGGAUUCUCGUUUCACAAAGUACAGAUUUACAUUUUGCAAAUUACAGAUUUUCAUUUUGUUUUGCAAAAAUUACAGUAAACUGUUUAAAGAGCUCAGUUCCACUAACAAUUUGUGCAUGAAAAAGUUAGGUUAAAUAGAAAUAUGAGGUGUUGUCAUGAUUGUUUUACUGAAUUUUGGCUUAACCCAGAAAUGCUUUUUUGAUUUAACGUAACUUUUUAAAAGAAUAUGAAAUAUUACGUUUUACAGGCAAGCUGAGAUUGGAGGACACAGCAUCUAUAAAAUUGAAGAUACAAAGUUGAUUCCAAUAGCAAAUGAACUUGUCAGACAGAAGUUCCAGCACCCUGAUGAGAGCAAGUAAAUGUUGUUACUGCAAAAACAUGAAAACAUGUUUUUUUUCUAUUUCCUUUACAAGCAGGCCAGUGACAGUAUUAUGAUAUGAGUUAUUCUUGAAAAUAUUCAAUGAGUACAUUCUCAUUUCUUUUUUAACUUCCUUUGCUUCAGAUAUGUCAAGAUCUUUCAGAAUGUUGAUCUCUCUAGUAACUUUUAUUUUAGGUAUGUAAAGCUCUUAUUCUCUUUGUAAGUUUGUAUUUUGCCAAAGUAAUCAAGACAAAAGAGAUCACUGUUUCUGUAUUGAGUUUUUUUUUUAUUAUAAUAACAUGAAUACAGUCAUUAGCAGGUUUAAACCUACAGAGGAAUGUAUCAAUUUUGUUCCUGUUUUAAAUAUUACUAAACCAGUUUGAUUGUUAUUCCAUCUCUGUCUCAUUUCUAUCAUCAUAUUUUGCAACUAAACAAAAAAAAUAGCCUAGAAUAAAAAAUCUGAAACCAAGGAAAAAUUGAACUCAACAAAUAAAUAUACACAUUCUUCUAAGCAGCCAUUUUCUGUUGUAACAACUUUUUCUAUUUCUUAAAGGCAUCUGCAUGCACAACUGUCAACUAUGCUUUUCAUGAGUAAUGAUCUGACCUAAUGUUGUCUUUGAUCUUUUCCUGAAAAUUUGUCUUAUUGAGUGGUCAAUUGUUUCCAACUUUUGCUCUUUAUUGUGUUAUAGCUACAGUUAUGAUUUGACUCAUAACCUCCAGCGUCAAAUGGCCCCCAUCAUUAAUCCCCCAGCUUACUCUAGUACUGCACAUUCAUGGCAGGCUUGGGGACUAUGCCCUCACUUAGACAAAGAAACAACACAGGAUGCAUGUGCUUUGUUAGUUGUGCCAGAGGGCACAAAAGAUAAAUCUGAUCCUCAGAAUGCCAAUGAAAAUGGAACACAUGAUCAAGCUCUGGAUGGGAGUAAAGAAACUGGUGAACGAGCAAGUGAUGUGCAAAUUCAAAAUAAUGAUGGAAUCACUGAGCAAAGUGGAAAUUUUGAAACUUCAGAUACUGUGAUAUCCAGUGCAUGCGAUCAGAGGAGUGAAAUAACAGAAGUUGGUACCACAAAACAAGAUUUUUCUGCUGAUCAUGUUGUUGCUUCAUCAUCAAAAGAGAUUCAGUCAUCACCAAAGAAACAAGGACAAGCAACUGAUUCUACACAGAAACAAGAGCUGGCAAGGGACUCUUGUGUCAGUAAAGAUGAAAGAAAAGUUCCCUUUUGCCCUGACUGUGAGAAAUUGAGGCAACAAAGAGAGAGGCCUUUUUUGAGCAAGAGCAAAUCAUGUAGCAAGUUUGUGUGGAACAGAUAUCUGCUGAAAGGUUUUGAAGGAGCUGUCCACUCCGACUGGAUUCUGCACAUUGUGAAUGGCUUUGUUGGACAAUCUGGUAUCCUUUCAUUUAUUAUCAAUAAUUUUGGAGAAAUAUCAGAUGUUCAAAUAUUGAAGAUAAUUAUUGAUGUACACAUGAAGGAAGGAACAGCAUAUUAGUGAGCUUUUCAUCCACAGUUUGAACACAAAAUGUCUUCUACUCUUGCAGUUAGAGCUGCUGGAAGAAUGUGAGAGUAAGGUGAAUAGGCUUUAAAGAUAACAGAUUUGGCCUGGGUAAGGGAUUUUAUCUGUUUAAAAUUUAGGCUUGUAGAUCAAAUCAUUAGUCUUUGAUCAGUUGUCCAAAUUAGAGAAAGUGAAAAAACCUUUAAAAAGUUUGCUAACUUAAAGACCCUGACAAAGCCUUGAUCUUGACAGCUUAGGUAUUUAGUGUUUUUGUUGCCACAACCCUGCUGUCUCAAACACCAACAACUACAGAAAAUCUUCGGGUGAAAUCCAAACAUUGUUUAAAAAAAAGGAAAAUAUACAUAUAUAUAUACACUCAGUGUGAUAAAGUUAUGUUGGAUAGCAUAAAAUUAACUCAGAUGUAGAUUUUUUUAAAAAAUAAUGUAUUCUUACAUCGGGCCAAAAGGAAAGGUUUGUUAAAGAAGUAAGCUAAUGUUCUAAAUUUGGAAAGGAUCAGCUCAAGUGAGUCAGGAAAUAUCUCUUUUGUUUGAUGAUGUUUUCAGUGUGGUUUGCCCUGUCCAUCAUUUCAACAACAAAAUUGAUGUAUUGCUGUUAGAAACAUAAAUUUGAGUGAAAAACUACAAAAUCUGUUGAUGCACCUUUAACUUGUGAUACAUAAUACUUCAGAUAUUUGUGUGUAUGGUCGGCCCAUAUAUGUUACACUGAUUGCUCGAAGGUCAAAAGAAUUUGCUGGAACUAGGUUUUUAAAGAGAGGAGCUAAUGAUGAGGUUGGUACCAAAAAACUGUUCAAUACUUGAACACCUUCUCACUAUUUUAGAAAGAUUUUUGUUAAUGGAGUCAAGGGAAGUAGUGGUCUUAUGGCUGAUAUGGUUGACUCAAAAAGUUCCAUGCUUAGGGCUGGUCAGGGUGGUUGCAUUGUGUUCCUGGGCAAGACCCUUGACAUUAUUACUUCUCAUCAAAUCCUAAAGUUUUCAGGCUUCUAUUCUACAAUUACUUAUUAAAUUUCAGCUCACCUGUGAGGAGCAUUACUUUCCUGGUCAGAUUUUUUUCAAUCCACAGUUUAAAUGAAAUUUAUCUCAUAACAAAUUGAGACUUCACCCUCACAGCCCUCAAGAUUUACAGUUGAUUGGUUUUUUUUUUGUUCUUUUAGGGAAAUGUAGCCAAUGAGGUUGAAACAGAACAAAUUGUUCAUGAUGCCUCUGUUUUGUCAUUCAAGAGUGGAAGAUUUACAUCUUAUGUUCAGCUCAGAGGAUCCGUUCCAUCUUUUUGGUCACAGGUACAAUGAUAUAUUUUGCUUUACCACCAUUCAACUCUUGUUCCUAAUUUUUGGGCCAUUUCAAAUUAUCUUUUUUAUGCCAUUUAACCCUUAAAUUCCCACAAUUGAUCAAAACAGAAUUUCUCCUUACAAUAUUAAUACAAUAUCAACCAGAUGAGUGAUUCAAAUGAAGAAAAAUAUCAAUUAGAGGAUUUUAAGAGGAUCCACUAUCAAAUUCUCUGAACUAACAUCAUAAGAAAUGUAUGGCAGACACCAAGGAGAACUGCUGAUGAGAUCUUGGGAGUGAAAGGGUCAAGAUUGACCAUGUCUGUUGAACAUCUUUUCUAAUUGAGAGAUAAUUUAUUUUUUCAGGAUGUAAGACAAGUAAUGGUGCCUAAACCACAAAUUAUAGGUGGGUAACAAUCAAGUACACGAUCUUUAUUUUCACUUGUACACAGUACUUGUGUAGUAAUUAUCUAAAUUAGUUAUCAGUGAUUCUGGUGAAAAUCACAGUAAGAUUUGGGUCUUUUUGCAAUUGCUCAAUGAUGUUGAUCCAUAGCAAAGAAUGAUUCUAAAAGUCUGUUUUUGAGAGAUACUUUGUUCAAAAAUCAUCGUUAUGUUGAUUUUGUAUUUGUAGGAAAAAUGUUGGUUUAUGGUUCAAAAGGUCUGUGAUAGAAAGCCAAUUAGAAGUUGUGCAGUUUGCUAGCUCUUUAACCCCCAUGAGUGACCAUAGAGUGGAAGGGUUGUAAGACCUUAAAGCCUCAUUGUAACUGACCGUUUGAAUGAGUUAUAUGAAACCGUGCAUGCUUCAUGUCUGUGUUCAAGCAGUUGUGAUUUGUGAUGAUUGUUCUUUUUCAUUGUUCAGUUAUAUUCGGGAUUAGAGUUUCACUUGUCUAACAUAAUGUGUGCUGUUUUAUUUUAAGUUGAUCGUGCAGAUCCAUUCUGCUCGGCCGCUGGGCAACAUUUUAACCAACUUCUUAGACGGUUUGGUUCUCCUGUGGUCAUUCUUAAUCUUGUAAAGGUGGGUUAUGUACUUUCUACGUCUUAAGUGUUGGAAAGUCUGCGCAACACGUAACUGCAUUUCCUCGAAAAAGCACCCACUUUGCAAAGAAGCACCCUUUCCCGAGUAAGAGUAAAUAGUGUUGGAAAGUCCGCAAAAUACCUAUAUGUAAAGGACUCUAUACUUAAAUCCCUGAUUUUACGAGCUUUCGAUUUUCCCGAAAAGGCAAUUCAAAUCAAAUAAGCAUCCGUUUUUCUCUUAUUCGUGAACUGUUAGAGGUCUCUUUCCAACAUGUAACCUAUGUAUACUUCUUAUUUUAUAGAAGAGGGAAAGGAAGCGACACGAACAGAUUCUCAGUGAGGAAUUGGAAAGAGCAGUGACGUAUUUGAACCAGUUUUUGCCAUUACAACAUGCCAUAAUAUAUAAAGCGUGGGACAUGGCGCGAUACAACAAGAGGUUGGUUCAAGGAGGGAGUUUUGUUGUAAAAUGUGUGUUUGGUGAUAAUGAUGGACAAAUGUUUACUCGUUUGUCUCUCGAUUAAGAGUCGCUGUCUAGUGUAUAUUCUGUAUGUAUGUUGGCCGUACUGUACCUCAGCUAUAAACAUUGAAUUUACUUAAAAAUAAAGGAGUUAAAUUUCUCAAGAAACUGAGGUGACGCGUCGGUGGAGAGUAUAACAGGGUAAUUUGGUAGUAUCAACUGGGUUGAUAACGUAAAAUGGCCACCGUAAAGAGCUUGUGGACCGUAAAGAUGUUGUGGAUGUUGUUGUUAAAGUUAUGUUUUUUCAGUCUCUCGCGGUAACUUUUAGCAACCCCAAGUCACAGAUACCACCAAAAAUACCCGACAAGUCACAAUAUUGUUGCACCUUGUGUGAUUGCUACAUGCCUCCUCAUUUCUGCUAAAUUUGAGCUUAUCAAGUCGCUGAAUCAAAUCAUUGCUGUUUUUUUUCUUUUACAGUAAAGACUGCAAUGUCAUGGAGAAAUUGACUGUCAUAGCUGAUGAGGUUUGUGUUAAAAAAAAAUAAUAAUAAAGCACUAUUGACUUCUUAAGUUUAGUAGUUGACUUGUCAUCAUGCCUCCUCGCGCGAGAGGCCAGUUAAGGCUAUUAAGUUAAAUAACCAACCAUAUCUUUUCCACUCCAUUCCUUUGACUGUAUUUCAGUCUGUAUGCGUUUUCCUCUCCUCCGCUACUGUUUAUUAUUAAUGCCUUAUUCAUCAAUUGUAUGUUCUAUUUGAAUUCUGACUGAAUGAGUGAUAACGUUAAAUGCCUCCUUUUGUUCUUCCUAACUAUGAGUAAAACUGUUUCAGGUUUUCAAAUCGACUGGCUUUUUCCACAGUGGACAGGAAUUGUAUUGCAAUCAGAUAAGAAAAGAUUCAAGGUAUGAGUCUUCUAGACAGACAGACAGACAGAUAGAUAGACAGACAGACAGACAGACAGACAGAUAGAUAGAUAGAUAAACAGACAGACUGACAAAUAGUUAAACAGACCGACAGACGGUUAGAUAGAUAAACAGACAAACAGACAGAUAGAUAAGCAGGCCAACAGACGGACAGAUAGACGGACAGACCCUGGCCCACUUUUAAGAUUUUUCAGAAUAGCCACAUGCCCAAAGUAUUCUAUCUUAAGUCAAAGAGUCAAAGCUUCAGUUUAAACGUUCCUUUUGUGGAAAUUUUUGAAGAUGACAGUACUUUGUUCUAGGUUUAACGGUAUGUGUGGCACUGGAUACUCUGACGAUUGUCUGGGAAGGGAACAGGUAUAGUUUAUAAUUGUCAUUUGCUUUUGCUAUCUAUAAUUAGUGUUGGUAUUGCUUGUUUAAUUACGUUACUCAUUGUGCGUGCUUCUUACAGAGUUGAAUUUUACAUAUCCAAAAAUUACCCAAACCUUGAUCAGACUUUUUUUUUCAGUAUUCUUGUCCAAGCUCAUUUACUCAGUUUUAUUCCGCUUCCAAAACAUAUGGCAGUUUUCAAGAUCGUCGUAAGAAAUAAGAGCUUCGGAUCCAUUGGCUUUGCCGAAAUCUUCUUCGUUUUUGUACUGGAACAUUUGCACAAGCCUUUCAACAAAUCAAAUGCAUCAUUAAACCAAUCCUAACCGUUUACACACUAACAUCAGUAGCCAUUUUUCUUAGUAAUUUUCUCACGAAAUUUCUUAUGAUGCUGGCAAGGAGAAUAUAUGUUUAACAAUCCAGAGCUGAUCAUUUCCUUUAUUCUCGUGACCCUAAUGUGAGCAUGAUUCAGGGGUGAUAUUGUAAAGAGAAAUUAGACGCUAGUAACUCUUAGAGACCAAAGUGUUACUUUAAGGCAGUUGGCUUCUUUCCUCCCAAUAACAUCCACAUUGUACUUUUGUGCAUGAUUGCCUUUGUGAUUAGUUCAUCUUGUCGAUAAAUGAAUUUAGUCUCGUUUUUCUUUAGUUCAACUCUUUUGAUAUAUUCUAUUAAUUAGUUGCCGGUGUGCACCCUGUUUGUUUAUUGUUUGUAGUAGUGUUACUUGCAGUUUACAUUGUCUUGAAAACGUAACUUGGGAUACAAAUUUUCUAAUCUAUCUCAAGCUAAAGCGUGCUUACGUUUGCGCGUCAUGAUAAACUAAGAAAUGACAAUGUACCGUUUCCUUUCUUUAAAUGCCUAAAUAUCAUGUCACCAAAGUCUGCUUACAGCGUGAUUUUUUUUCUCAUCCUAAGAAUGGUGUACUCCGGACAAACUGCGUAGAUUGUCUGGACAGAACAAACACUGCACAGUUUAUGGUCGGUAAAUGUGCCCUUGGUUUUCAGGUGAGUAUAUCAUAUUGUGAUGAAAUUCCAAAAGUUGCAAAAAGGUGUGGGUGGUGUUCACCUACAAACUGCUACCACGUUCACAGAUACACCACUAAAACGUUGACAAAGUGUUUACGUAAUCUCGUUGCAAAACGUUCACACGUUCACGGACACACUGUGUGUAGAGGUGCAUCUGGUAAUGUGUCUGUGAACGCAUCGUUAAUGUGUCAUGGAACGAGUUGAUGUUGUCGGUAGUGAUCGUUAAUUCGUCGGUCACAUGUUGCUAGAUUUUAGUGAGUACACUGAGCUCUAGGGACCUUAUAAUGUGUAUUUAGAUUUUGAUUAUCAGCAUGCAUCCCUGUUGCUAAGAUUACCUGCUAUCACACGGUUACUAUACGCUAUAAUAUCAGCUGCUUUUCCUUCCAGUUGCAUGCGUUAGGAGUGAUUGACAAACCGUUUCUUCAGUUCGACUCGGAUGCUGUGAGGUAUGUUUGAUCAUUUCCGCCUUGUUUAAGGCACUGUGGAAUGAAAUACACUCUGAAAUUACUGCUUAUUUCACCCUUUAACUCCCAUAAGUGAUCAUGGCAGAAUUUCUCCUAACGAUAUCAAUACAAUAUCAAGUAGACAAGUGACGGGGAUAAAGAAAAAUAUCAGUUAGGAGAUUAUAAGUUGAUCCAAUAUCAAAUUCUCCAAACUAACAUCACAAGAACUGCAUGGCAGACAGUUAGGAGAAUUACUAAUGGGAUCUUGGGAGUUAAAGGGUUAAGUACUUGUUGAGGAAAACGCGCUGGCUCAAUUCUUAGCACGCUUGUUCUUGGGCAAUACACCGAACCCUCCUUAGUCCCCCCUCCCCCUCCAUCUAGGGCCCAGUUGUAUAAAAGGGCGGAUAAAGCUACCCAACGGAUAAAUCGCCAUCCAGCGGAUAAGUGAUAGCAAAACGUAUAGCGUUAUCCACAGGAUAGAGAUUUAUCCUGUGGAUAGCGUUAACCGACCAACCGAUCAACCGGGGCCAGGAGUAUAAUGAGGUAUACUAUCAAAUUAACAGAGGGUCCAAGAAUUGCUUUCUACUUGGUCGACGAGUGACCUAUCAAAGGACGUUUUACUAUAAUUGUUCAUGGUUGUUUUAUCUCUCUAAAAUUAUCUUGAAUAGGCCUGUUCGGCAGGCCACUCUGGUCCUGAAAUGUAAACUAUUUGUAAUCGUUGUAUUGAAGUAUUUUGCCUUGUUUUUUCAGGAUUUUGGAAGAUCUUUACGAAGCUCAUGGCGAUACUCUUGCUUUACAGUAUGGAGGAUCCCAGCUUGUGCACGGGUGAGGCAUUUGUAAUAUGAGCAAGGGAAAUCGUAUACACCAUUGAUAGCAAUGCACGUCAAUCCAGUAGACCAAUAAAUAUAGUGAGAUUGACGCUGCAAUUGGUACCUGAAUUCUCUCCAUUUAGCGAUGUGUUUUUCCUUAUCCCACGGUCCUUGUCUUCUCAGAAUUCGCACGUAUCGCAAGGUGUCGCCGUUCACUUCUCACUCAAGGGAUAUAAUGCAGACAGUAUCUCGCUAUUACAGCAACGCAUUCACGGGUAAGAGAACUCUAAUUUGCAUCCAAGUUGUUUAUCGCUAUAUUUUUUUCCCUGUCAUCUUAGCAUGGGUCUCUUCAUGGAGCGCGUUUCAUUUGAGUAAUCACAAUUGAAGGAAAGGAUUUAUUACUGGAAGGGAAUGGGAUUCAAAUUAUAGCGGAGCUCGCAGAACGUAGCCCCAUAAUUAUACAAAAUAGCAGUAACCCAUCAAGCCAAAAAAAUUUGGAAGUACGACCGUACGACCGUACGACCGUACGACCGUACGACCGUGCGACCGUACGACCGUACGACCGUACAAGGUGCUACUUUUAACAUGCGUGGUCAACUGUACAGCGGGCAUGCCAACGCCACGGCUUUGUUCAGUAGUCUGGUGGUCAGUGCACUGGGCUCCGAGUCAGACAACCCGGGUUCUAGUCCUGGCCCGGGGAAGGCGUUGUGCCCUUGAGACGUGCGGGAAAAAAAAAAUGCGAGCUCCGCUUUUAGGCUUGGCUAAAUGUAUAUAUUAAACUGCUUGAAGCGCGGGAAAACGCGAGUGACCAAGUCGUCAUUGGUUUUGUUUUGUAUCUGAUUGGUCGAGAAGGUUGUACAAAUUUCUAAAGCAAUUACAGCGUAUAGUUCAAGUAGACUAAUGCAACAAAAUGGCCCUUUUACCAAUAUGACGUUUCUUCGAAAUUUCAGCUGUGUACCCCCCCUACCCACAACCCUCUGCUUGUUUUUUUAAUAACUUCAGCGCAUUAUUUUCUAUUUGUCUCUUUGCUGGCCCUUUGCAGAUGCUGACAAGCAACAAGCCAUGAAUCUGUUCCUUGGGAUAUUUUCACCGCAACAGGAAAAACACAAAAUUUGGGAACUGCCUAGUGAUUAUUAUUUGCACCACAACACAACAUGGGACUUGAGAGCGUCCAAGAACAGAAAAAGGUGAUAGAGCUUAAAGCGUAUUCUGAUUUUCUGAUUAAGGGUCGUUAGAUCAAAACAAUAGCGUUGUUUUUGCUCAUCUGUUUUGUUUUGCCUUUUUUGUUUCGUUUCUUUGCGUUCUGUUAAUUUUGUUGUUGUUGUUUUUUUUUCGCGUUUUCGUCUCUGCAGUUAUACCAAGUGGUGGGAUCAGGCUGUGGUUAACUCUUUGCCCCACCCCACCCCUGAUGGUUUGUAUACUUCUAUCGUACUACAGUGUGACAUUAAAUGUGUUAUAUUAGUCAAGUUAAAUACUACCAUGUUUUAAUCUCAGCCUUUCCAUUCCUCGAUUUGAAUUCAUUGGAGCUUUUCCUCACAGCGAUUCAAGAGGGCAGUUUCAUACUAUUUCACAACUUCCUUUGUACAACUGCGAGAUAUUGUCAAACAACUCUGUUAUGUACACGUGCGGGUUUCUUUUAAUUAUCAUUGAAGAAAAUAAGCUGAACUAUUUGAUGCGCAAAUAUAGUCGAAGAUUUGCAAAAGAAAACUGUUGGGAUGUAACGCAGUGCUGAGUGACACCCCAAAGAAUCAUGGCGAAGGACAAUAAUACAACUAGAGAUGAAAUUAGGACGCCACAGCACGCGGAAUCUACUACGCAAGUAGUUUUUUCUACUUGCGCGAGGCUUCGCCCUUGGACCUUUGCGACGUCAUUGUUAAAUCUAUGGUAACAAUUUUGCAGAAACGCCACUGGAAGACGCAGGAAACAAGGAACAAAGGGAAGACCCCUGGCAAUACUCAGACUCUGCAGAUCAUGAAUCGGUAGAUAUGUUUUCAGAGUAUUAUCACCCAGAUAACUUGACCGUCCUCGAGACAGUGUAUCCUCAUCGUAUGCAGAAGUCUUGUAGGUAAGCGAUCAAAUUAUGGUAUCUCAUUAGUGUGUCAGUUCAAUCUCAAGUAAACAGGUUUUGAGAAUAAGGAAAAUUUAUUCUUAUGUGUAUUGUUUACAGCCUCUUCUUUUCCUGAAGUCUAGUUAUUACCUUGAUUUGUCGCCAACUUCGGGAGACUCUUUGGAAGGAAUUGACUGGGUCUUUGGUGUGUCUGUGUUCUACAAUGCGGAGUGUAACGAGCUCCGGGAUAGCAAGAGGGAACCUCACAAAGAUUUUUGUUCGAUUGGACUUUGGUUGAAUAUAUACUGAAUGGUGUUCGCGUAUCUUCGUCGUUCUUCUUGGAAGCUAGAUCUUGUCCUGAUAUUUAACCUGAGAAAAAGUUUAUCGGAAAUUAACGGUGAAUGUAUAAUGGACAAUAUCAAAAAUAAGAGCUGUUUUUAUUUUCAGGGAUUUCAUGCCACCAACUGCUCAUAAUCAUAGUCCCUUUGUAGUUAGAGCUCCUGCAAAGUCACCUGGGUAAGUACUCCACGGACAUCCAAUUUGUUUUAGUUCUCAGAGUGAUAUUGAAUUUAAUGUCGAAAGUAAUGCGGGAUUACUUGGAUUUAACUGCUCCUUACUCUGUGAUUGAUCCAGAAAAAGUUGCGCUUUCUAUCGAACCAAUCAGAUGCAUAGCUAAACUAAUUACAGGUUGGUUACUCGCGUUUUCCCGCGCUUCAACCAGUUUACUUGUUUUACCUUGAGUUUUAUUUGGCUCCGUGUGAUUUUUCUCCUGGUUCUGAUUUGCCGUUGUGAUUCCUUUGGUUUUGGUUCUCUGACACUCAACUAAAAUGCUUUAGGCCCUUUACCAAAAUGGAGGCUGCAAACUUAAGCCAUUAUGUAAUUAUUGUGCAGUGAAUAGUUUAAGUAACAUCUCCGUUGAUUUCAGUGGAGUUUCAAUCGUCAAUGUCAGAAUAGUCCUGGAAGGACUGUUGUCUGAGUAGUGAGGGAAGUCUCAAUACCCUAGGCGGAUGUCAUCAUCCGAGCCAAGUAAAAAGUGUAAUUAUUUACGUGACAUUUUCACUUCCUCCUAAACCACGUUGUUAGUAAUGGUGAUGAUAACUGUGAAGAUGAAAAAAAUUUAUUUCCUUAUUAUAGCCGACGCUCUGUCCCGACUCGUAGAGCGGUUGGUGCUGCUCCUGAACCGCUCAGUGUGGAAGACAGCACCGAUGACGGCUCCAGCUCAGAUGAUGACAGUUCAGCCAUAUCUGUUCUGGAGAGGAUUAACAGCACAAGCACUUGUGUUGUCUCUUUUCAGGUGUGCUACAGAGAUUUUACAAGGCGUUCACACUUUGAGAAAUUUGUGCAGGCUUUUGGAUCCCAGAAUACACUGAACAUCGAGCAUCAAAUAAAAAAAAAAUCGCGCCAGCGUUGAUGAAAUUUUGGUCUUAAAUAUGUUGAUCGCAAGCAUUGACAUUUUAAAAUGUGCCUUCUUCAAUUAAUUGAUUGAUUGAUUGAUUGACAGGUUAACAGAAUCUAGAUAUUCGUUGCUGGUGAUGUUUGACUGUAAGAAGGAAAGAAAGAAGAAAACCAUCUAGUUAAACAAACUGCUCAUGGAAACCUAAUUACUGUGCUAACACUUAGCAAAUUUUUUUUUCCUCUGGUUAGGAGCUGUUGCCAUCUAUGCAGGAUAUAUAUGGUGUUGGACUGAAGGAACCCAAGGAUCGAAGUAUGGAGGCUUACCAAAGGUACUUAAGUUAACAGAUAAUUUGGUUUUAUCAAGUUUAAAAUGGAAAUUGACCGCCGUAAAGAGUUUAUGAAACUAACAUCGCCCUUCGUCGAGCGAAUGACCAGUGAGAAUUUGAAUUAAUUGUAAAAUAUCUACAACAAGCGCGAAAAUAAGACCUGUGUUUCCGUUUGAGUUAAUUUCCUGAGUUACAAAUCCACGUUAUCGUGAUGAUUCCUGAAUCAGUAUCUUUAUAAGAAAAUCUUAAUCAAGGGUUGUUUUUAUGCAGGUUUGUUCAAUUUGGAAAGACUUCACUACCUGACAAGGAAAAUCCUGGAGUGAAACACAUCCAUUACAAUUGGUAAAUAAUUUACUAACGAACGGUUCACUUAUUUUUCACAAAUUUUUUUUUCUUACGAUGUAAACUGCGAUGGACGGAAAGAAAACUAAUAAACUAAUCAUCUUGUGUUUUGUUGGUUUAGGGAAGCACACAAACCUUUUGCGUCGGACUGUAAUCAUAAAGUUAGACUGCCCACAGUAGACCGUCCGUCGGAGGCUUUGUACACAGCAUACGUUCAUGCUGGACAAAAUGGUCGCUUUUGGACAUCGCCAGUCAGUGUUGACGUUUAUAGGAAAUACGUCAGUAAGAACUAUCAGUGAAAUCCAACAAAAAGUUAGGGCGGGUUAUUUAAACAAAGUUUAGCCGUUGUUUAACAAAACCGUGAUCUAAGCCAUCUUCAAUUUAGCCGAACCUUUUAUUCGAACAUUUUUUUUUUGUGGACAGUGUAAAUAGGGCCGAAAGCUAAUAGUGGAAAGACAUUUAUUUAAUUAAUUAACCCUCUCAUAGAGGAUCCCUGAGGCCCACUGAUUGCGUAAAACUGCGGUUUGGGUUGGAUCUCGUCGAAAUAACCGGCCCUUACUCCGCAGCCGCUUUCCAAGAUGUUACGCAACGCCUCGCGUGACAUUACUCAGAACGGAUGCUAAGGAGACCAACAGAUAGCUUGUUUUGGCGCUCUUGAUGUUUACAAAUUUAAAGAUUUUAUUAAAUGAGUAAAUGAUUUCGCUUUAUGAUAACGAUCUACCGUAAUGAGAUUUGAUAUUGUAGUGUAUUGAUUAUAGAACGCGUGAUCUCGUUUGUCGAUUGAUGGGUUAACAUGAGAAAAAAUCACACGGUUGUGACGUUUAAAUCUGUGCACAUUUUUAUGAAGUAGGUCAUAAAAACAUUAUAGGACUGUUCUUAGCCUUAUCCAAAUAUGCAACAUGAACAAAAAUUUUCGAAAGUUAUGCAAACCCUCGACUGGAUCUUGGAUUCGCUGAACUUUCUUGAAUUCUUCCAACUCCUCUCGCGUUUAGGUGAGGCUAUAUCAACACGGGAAAGUCCUCUACCAUGUCUACUGCUCAGUUGUCGAUGAAUCGACAGUUAAGAUAAUAUUUUUGUAAAGGGAUAUUAAGGGGAAGCAAGAUCAAGGCACUACUUGAAAAUUUCAAAGGUGUGAAAUUAAGUUAAUGAAACCUUUGCAUAAAUACGAAACACUGAUAUUCGUGUUUACUGCAGUUCUGUCUUCAGCGAACAUGGAAAAUGUUACAGAGAACAUUAUCUUACGUAUAGACACAAGAUGGAGAUUUGACGAAAUAAAAAUUUGUAAAUCACUAGUUUGUCUGUAAGUUUUUAAAAUGUUGGUAAACCUCUAAUAUAAACAGCAACUAAUUAAACGCCAUUAGGUUGUUCUUGGUUGCUUUGCUUUAUUUUCUUAGUUGCUUUGUAAGUUUUAGUUGGUCUGUAAGUUUUUGAUAUGUUGGUAAACUUCUAAUAUAA